GUAAGUUCUAGGUUAUUCUCAGCCUCGCAUUGACGCAGUGUGGUCAGGAUGGUCAUGAUAGUUCUAACUUUUAUCAACGAUCUACCUUCAUCAAGCAUCAGCACCGAUCAAAUAAGUGUACUAAAAUAACAAAAGCGGACAAAGCGGAGUGUGUUGAGGGCACUUGCUUUAUCAAAAUUCCACAUUUCAAUCUCCCCUAUCGCCCGGCCCAACAAUACACAGUCCAGCCCAAUAUGUCGCUCUCCUCCUACCUCGCCAAAAACUACCUGACCGCCUCCACCCCAUCUUCUUCCUCCUCUAGCACAACCAAAAAGCGCAAACGCAAGACUGUUCCCCAAACUGGCCUCAUAAUCGCCGACGACGAUGCACCAGGUUGGUCGAAUCCGCGCGAACAAGCUUCUGACGACGAAACCCCCAUAAUAUCCAAUCAUGGCGGCAGUUCCGAAUUCCGCAAAUCAAAAAAAUCAUCUUGGAAAACCCUUGGUGUGCCAGUUCUCCAACCACAAAAUGAAGAUAAUGCAGAAGCAGAGCGCAUUAUUCAAGAAGCCGCUGCUGAGAAUUCCGCCGCCUUACAUGUAGACGAAGAACCUACAAUUGAGGAAUCGCGGGGCGGACUGCAAACACGCGAUGAAGCCGCCGCAGAAUCCGCAAGACGAAAACGCAAUGAAGCCGCUCAAUGGGCGCGAGAAUCACAGAAUGGAUCUAGCAAAAGCAAAAACAAAGACAAGGUAGAAGAAACCGUGUAUCGAGACGCCACAGGUCGAAGAAUAGACAUAAGCAUGCGACGAUCCGAAGCGAAAAAAGAAAUGGAUGAAAAAGCGCGCAAAGAGCUUGAAGAAAAGAAGCGCAGGAUAUACAACUCUCGCAGGCAAAACGAAGAGAAGAAUUAGAUGAGGCGAGAUUUAUGACGGUGGCGAGAGGCGUAGAUGAUAUACAGAUGAAUGAGGAAAUGAAGGAAGUAGAACGUUGGAAUGAUCCCGCGAUGCAGUUUUUAAGUAAGGAGAAGAAGGGAAAGAGUAGUUC